AUGGCUCGGAUCCCAAUAUUAUUAACAGGACUCUUGUACUUUUUCGCGAGUAUCCGCUACAUUUCGUGCGACGUAAAAGGUGUACACCACCUUUUUACGAUGCAGGUGAACACCCGACUGGCAGGGAGCGCUUUCAGCGAGAAAUUGGCCGUUAGUUCGGCCGUACGAUGCUCGACUCUCUGUGCCAAGCAUUCCCGCUGCGUUUCGUUCAACUACGCGAAGGACCUGCGCCUCUGCGAGCUGAACCGGAACACGAGCCGUAACCACCCGGACAAGUUGGAGGCAGAUGCCCGCUUCAAGUACUACGAAAUUAUGGUGAGUUCAACAGAACCGAUUUCAACGAAUCCGACCACAACCGAACUGACUACAACGGAACCAAUUACAACGGAACCAACUACAUCGGAGUUGAGUACAACGGAAGCGACCACAACUCAACUGAGUGCAACGGAACCAACUACAAUGGACUCAACUACAUCGGAACCGACUUCAACGGAACCGACUUCAACGGAACCGACCACAACGGAACCGACCACAACGGAACCGACCACAAUGGAAUCGACAACAACGGAACCGACCACAAGGGAACCAACCACAACGGAACCGACUACAUGGGAACCGACCACAACUGAACCGACCACAACCACAACCAAAUUGACAACAACGGAACCGACCACAAGGAAACCAACCACAGUGGAACCGACUACAGCGGAACCGACCACAAAGGAACCAACUACAACGGAACCAACUACAACGGAACCGACUACAACCGAACCGACUACAACGGAACCGACCACAGAGACAGUUACUACAGUAAUCCCAACAGAUCCUAUACGAGAAAGUUGCUCUGCGCUCAAACAUGCUGGCUUCACAAUCGACGGCUAUUACAUGAUUGAUCCUGAUGGGGCAUUGAGCGGGGAAGAGCCGUUCCGUGUAUUGUGCUCAAGCAUGACAGGGAUUGGCUAUGGAUGGACAACGGUGGAUCACACUACAUCAGGCCAGUCACUAAAUGUGACGUCAGAUCCUUUCGAAGUUACUAUAAGCUACUUCGCCAAUCAGAAACAGAUCGAAGCUCUGAUCGAACAUUCAUUGGCUUGCUGGCAAUACUUGACGGCCGAGUGUAAGAACGCCAAGUUGUGGGACGGUGAUACCCAGUUAGCGUGGUGGGUGCCCAACCAAGGUGAACAGAUGACCAACUGGGGCGGUGCCCCUACGGGGAACAGUGGAUGCCCAUGCCCCCCAGCUGGAAAUUGCGCUGGGAGCGAUCUGGGAUCAAGAUGCAACUGUGGGGGCGUGCCCGACACCUGGGAUUCCGAUGAAGGACGGCUUAACGACUUGGGCCGGCUGCCGGUGGCGGCGCUACACUUCGAGCAAGUGACGCCUCCGUCCGGCCAGAUUGUGUUCAAAUUAGAUGGCCUGAAAUGCAGCACCAAAUACCCAAGCCCGUAA